GACAAUAAGCCAAAUGAAAGGCGUGAACACUAAAAAGAAAAUCUCUGAUAGUGUUAAUUCAUGGACUUUAAGCUUCGUUCAAAGAGAAAAUGGCUUCCUGCUCUGAGAAGGACCUUUCCUGUCCUGUCUGCCAGGAUAUCUUCAGAGAUCCUGUUGUCCUGUCGUGCAGCCACAGCUUCUGCAAGGCCUGCGUUCACGCCUGGUGGAGGGAAAAACACGUUAAAGAGUGUCCGCUUUGUAAGGAACUGCCACUGAGUGACCCGCCUGUUAGCCUAGCUUUGAAGAACCUGUGUGAAGCUUUCUUGCAGAAGGAAAACCCCAAUUUUUCAGAGCUGGAUAUCUGCAGUCUGCACAAGGAGAAAUUGAAACUGUUCUGCCUGGAUCACGAGCAGUCCAUCUGCGUAAUCUGUCGAGACUCGAAGGCACACAGCAGCCACAGCUUCAGGCCCGUCGACGAAGCUGCGGCCGAACAGAGAGAGAAGGUCCAGGAGGCCCUCGGGCCUUUACGGCGCAAGCUGAAACUCUUUGAACAAGCGAAAGGAAACUGGGAUCAAACCGCCAAGGAGAUUAAGAUCCAAAACAGAAACACAGAGAAGAGGAUCAAGGAUCAGUUUAAGAAACUCCAUCAGCUUCUGCAAGAGGAGGAGGAGGCCCAGAUCUCUGCUUUAAGGGAGGAGGAAAAGCAGAAAAGUAAACUGACGAGGGACAAAACCGAAGCUCUAAUCAGAAAUAUAACAGAGAUUUCCAACACAAUCAGAGCCACUGAGAAGGAGCUGAAAGCUGCAGAUGCCUCCUUCCUGCACGCCUACAAAGAUGCAUUAAAGCGAAUGGAACAGUGCCACCUACUGGCGGAUCCAGAACUGUCCUCAGGAGCUCUGAUAGGCGUGGCGAAACAUCUGGGCAACCUUAGCUUCAACAUCUGGAGCAACAUGCAGAAGGCCGUCUGCUACUGUCCUGUGAUUCUGGAUCCAAACACGGCUCAUCCUGAACUGAUCCUGUCUGAGGAUCUGACCAGCGUGACCCGUGGACCGGCACAAAAGCUUCCAGACAACCCAGAGAGGUUCCACUGCUCUCACGUGGUUCUGGGCUCUGAGGGCUUCGGCGGCGGGGUUCACAGCUGGGAUGUGGAGGUUGGCGACAGCUCAGGCUGGGAACUGGGUGUGGCGUCAGAGUCUGUGGAGAGGAAAGGGUUCAUCAGGUCUGGAUCGUGGACAAUCGGGUUUGAUGGUCGCUAUGAAGCGAUCUCCCCUCCGGCUCGAAAUGCUGUCCUCUCCAUCAACACACCGAGGAGGAUCAGGGUCCACCUGGACUGGGAGGAGGGAAAACUGUCGUUCUCUGAUGCCGACACCGGAGCCCACAUCCACACCUUCACCCACAGCUUUACUGAGAAACUGUUUCCCUUCUUCAGCAUCAACAAGGGGCAACAGCUGAAACUCAGCAGCUGUGGACCAGCGAUGGGUGAUAAAACUGACAACAAGACCUGAUGACGACGUCCCCUUUGUUUUCUCUCUUUGGCGGUUUGCAGUAUAUCUAUGUUGAUAAAGGAUUUCAUUUUUUUAAAUUUUUGAAAUACCUGCCAUCCUGAUAUGAUGCUCUGAAACAUUUAACGUCUCCUCAGGCAGGAAAUCAGCGCAUUCAUUGUGAGUUCUUCAAGCAAAUAUAAGUAAGUAUCAACACCGGUAUCGGCUGAUAUCGGUCUCUAAAAAUAACUGAUAUUUGCAUUUUCCGACCCCUUGUGUGUGUUUUUGGGUUCAGGGGAUGGAUGUUUGACUGACGCAGGGAAGCGAUGUCAGCGGUUUGUUAAUUUUUUGUCAAAAUGGUAGUAAAAUGUCUAUAAUAUAAUAUCACUUUUCAGCCAUAAAGGCAACAUCAGUUCUCAAUACUGUCUCAAAUUUUCAUAUGGGUGCAUCUGUGCAUAAAAGGUGGGAAAAAAUUAUAUAAAAGUUCUUCAGACUUCCAGCUCGUUAUUCACUUGAAGUCACAACUUUUGUCUUAAUAGAGUUUAGUUGCUGAAACUUUGGCUGAAACAUGUUAACUUAAGACUAUAUGAAAUAAUUUCCAUAGACUUGUAUUUUUCUUCAUAUGUAGCUUAUUUAAAGGUUGUCAGAAAUGUUAGUUUUUUGUGUGUUUUUUUAACUUUUAUAUAAAGUUGAGUUUAGUAUUUUAUUCUUUAAAGUAUAAAGAAAUUGGUGUUAUUACUAUGUUACCUUAUUUUAACACACUGACCAUUGAACUGACAAUAAAACAGCUAUGCUAUGCUAAAUCAGUGGGAUUGCUAAGAAAUAUUUUACAGUGUAUAUAAUGUAUGUCUUUUUUCUGUUUAAAAUUUUGCCUCACAAAAAAGUCAAAAAUCUUCUUCCUGCAUCCCUUAGAUCAGUGGCCCUCAAACUUGGGUACCCGGACCCCAGCGGGUCCGCGAACCACAGGAUGGAGGUCCAUGAAAUGCAUGUUAGCUAAAAUUAGGAAGUAUGACAACAGUUACAUUGAGAAUGACUGUAUUUAUGUAUA